CAGAUCGAGUUUAGUGUGGAUGAUUUCCCCUCGCCGGUAUAAAUUAUAAAAGUGCCUUGUAGUGCAACAUAGAUUCACUCGGCGUGUAACUUUUAAAACGGAUAGAAAUUUAACCUUAAUUCUUUUCGUCAACAGCGAGAGAAAAACUUGAGCGAGAUCCAAGAUGUUCAGUAAAGUCCAGAGACAGGUGUGUCAGAAGCUGACCGGUCUACAGCAGCAUGCCAGGAGUGUGGCCAACAUCACCGCCAAGUCCCAGGCCGUGUUUGAUAGGGAGUCCAAGUACGGCGCCCACAACUACCACCCUCUACCUGUGGCUAUCUGCAAGGGAGAAGGCGUGUUUAUGUGGGAUGUGGAUGGCAACCGCUACUACGAUUUCCUCAGUGCUUACAGUGCAGUGAACCAGGGUCAUUCCCACCCCAAGAUCAUCAAAGCCCUGACUGAUCAGGCCUCUACGCUGGCCUUGACCUCCAGAGCCUUCUACAACAAUGUUCUGGGAGAGUACGAGGAAUAUGUCACUAAACUUUUUGGAUUUGAUAAGGUCCUCCCCAUGAACACAGGUGUGGAGGGUGGAGAAACUGCCAACAAACUUGCCAGAAAAUGGGCUUACAAUGUCAAAAAAAUCCCAAAGAACAAAGCUAAGAUUGUGUUCGCAGAGGGAAACUUCUGGGGUAGAACCCUAGCUGCAAUCUCUAGCUCCACCGAUCCUUCCAGCUACGAAGGCUUUGGCCCUUACAUGCCUGGCUACUCUCUUGUUCCAUACAAUGAUCUAGCAGCUUUGGAGAAAGAGUUGCAGGACCCUAACUGCGCCGCAUUCAUGGUUGAGCCUAUUCAGGGAGAGGCAGGUGUUGUGGUCCCCCAGGACGGUUACCUACGCAAAGUACGGGAACUGUGUACCAAGUACAAUGUACUGUGGAUAGCUGAUGAGGUCCAGACUGGACUGUGUAGAACUGGAAGAAUGUUGGCUGUAGACCACGAGGAUGUGAAACCAGACAUCCUUAUUCUGGGGAAAGCCCUGUCAGGAGGUAUCUACCCUGUGUCUGCAAUCCUGGCCAAUGACGAGGUAAUGCUGACCAUUAAACCAGGUGAGCACGGAUCUACUUAUGGAGGUAACCCCUUGGGAUGCAAGGUGGCCAUUGCAGCACUGGAGGUGCUUUUGGAGGAGAAAUUGGCAGACAAUGCUGAAAGGUUAGGGCAGGUUCUGAGGAGCGAGUUAUCAAAACUUCCAAAAGAUAAAGUCAAACUUGUCAGAGGAAAAGGAUUAUUGAACGCCAUCGUCAUCAAUGAUAAAUAUGAUGCUUGGGAGGUGUGUCUGAAGCUGAGAGACAAUGGGCUGCUGGCCAAGCCCACACAUGGGGACAUCAUCAGAUUUGCCCCGCCCCUCGUCAUCUCAGAACCACAGUUAAAUGAGUGCAUCAGCAUCAUCAAGAACACAAUAGAGAAGCUUUGAAUAAAAAGACACUAUAAGUGUGAAUUUCAUAUUGUGCAUAAUUCAAUUUAUGUCAGUUAGAAUAGGAUGCAUUGGAUUAUUGGUGCAACAUAAGAGUAAAAAAAAAUCCAAUUUGCAUUGGAAGCAAUUUUUAAUAAUCCUUUCUAACUACGUAUACAUGCAUCUUAUUUUCAAAAAAUUUUUGUUGUUGCACUUUCAUUGCUUGAUAUUUUUUAAGAAAUGUAACACGAUUCUAAUUGCUUUUGAAUUCCAUAAUAGUAUUUUUAUUUUGAUAAAAUCUAUUUGCUGUAUUUUUUGUGAUAGAUUGUCUGCCUCUUUACAUUGUUGUUACUUCUUUUUAGUGAAGUGACACUGUACAUAUUUGUACUUUAAAAAAAGAGGUAUAUAGCAGAAAUCUCAUUCUCUGAACUCAAGUUGUUUAAUUAUUUUAAGUGCUACACUGUUUUGAUAUAGAUCUGAAGUUGUUGUCGGAGAUUUAUCAGCAAGAUAUACUUGCUUUUGAUAUUCAUUGUGAAAUCUCAAAUAAAUACCAAUUUCACUUUUGAA